GUUUUCUGCCAAGGAUACAAAGCUCGUGAGUGAGUGAAAAGGAAGGUUCGUAAUCCUUCCUUGCAAUCAAUCGAUCAUUCAUGGCGGAGAACUGCAUAGUUUCGGUCAACCCUAAACCCUCAAAGGGAUUAUCCUCUAAGCUUCUCGAUCUUGUGGAGAGAGUUGUUGUGAAGCUCAUGCACGAUGCUUCUCUGCCUCUCCACUACCUCUCCGGCAACUUCGCUCCCGUGCGGGAUGAAACUCCUCCGGUGAAGGAUCUCCCCGUCGUCCAUGGAUUUCUUCCAGAGUGCUUGAAUGGUGAAUUUGUGAGGGUUGGUCCAAAUCCCAAGUUUGAUCCCGUCGCUGGAUAUCACUGGUUUGAUGGAGAUGGGAUGAUACAUGCUGUACGCAUCAAAGAUGGGAAAGCAACUUAUGUUUCUCGUUAUGUUAAGACAUCACGCCUCAAGCAGGAAGAGUUUUUCGGAGCUCCCAAAUUCAUGAAGAUUGGGGACCUUAAGGGUCUUUUGGGAUUGCUUAUGGUCUAUCUCCAACAGCUCAGAACCAAACUGAAAGUUUUGGACGUCUCUUAUGGACAUGGAACUGCUAAUACAGCCCUCGUCUAUCACCAUGGAAAACUUCUAGCUCUCUCGGAGGCAGAUAAGCCAUAUGUCGUCAAAGUCUUGGAAGAUGGAGACCUUCAAACUCUUGGCAUGAUGGAUUAUGACAAGAGAUUGACCCACUCCUUCACUGCACACCCUAAAGUUGACCCAACUACCGGUGAAAUGUUUACAUUUGGCUAUUCGCAAACGCCACCUUAUCUCACCUACAGAGUGAUCUCGGAAGACGGCUUUAUGCAUGACCCUGUCCCAAUUACUAUAUCUGAGCCAAUCAUGAUGCACGAUUUUGCUAUUACUGAGACUUACGCAAUCUUCAUGGAUCUUCCUAUGCACUUCAGGCCAAAGGAAAUGGUGAAAGAGAAGAAAAUGGUAUACUCAUUUGAUCCAACAAAAAAGGCUCGUUUUGGUGUUCUUCCACGCUAUGCCAAGGAUGAACUCAUGAUUAGAUGGUUUGAGCUUCCCAACUGCUUUAUAUUCCAUAACGCCAAUGCUUGGGAAGAAGAGGAUGAAGUCGUCCUCAUCACUUGUCGCCUUGAGAAUCCAGAUCUUGACAUGGUCGGCGGGGAUGCGAAAGAAAAACUUGAGAACUUUAGCAACGAACUGUACGAAAUGAGAUUUAACAUGAAAACGGGCUCAGCUUCUCAGAAAAAACUAUCGCCAUCUGCAGUUGAUUUCCCCAGAAUCAACGAGUGCUACACUGGAAAGAAACAGCGAUAUGUAUAUGGAACAAUCCUGGACAGUAUCGCCAAGGUUACAGGAAUUAUCAAGUUUGAUCUGCAUGCGGAAGCUGAGACAGGGAAAGAAAUACUGGAAGUAGGAGGCAAUAUCAAAGGAAUCUAUGAGCUGGGUCAAGGCAGAUACGGUUCAGAGGCUAUAUAUGUCCCUCGUGAGGCAGGGGAAGAAGAUGAUGGUUACUUGAUAUUCUUUGUUCAUGAUGAAAACACAGGGAAAUCAUGUGUGAAUGUGAUUGACGCAAAAACAAUGUCUGCUGAGCCAGUGGCAGUGGUGGAGCUGCCGCAUAGGGUUCCAUAUGGCUUCCAUGCCUUCUUUGUUACAGAGGAACAACUCCAGGAACAAACUCUUACAUAAGACAAGUUGUGUGCAUAAUUAUAUUAUAUGUUAUAUGCUACUAUGAAGACGUUGGAGAACCGAGAAAUUGGAUGAUUCAGACAUUCGUAUUACAUAUACUACAUGUAUAUUCAUUUGAAUGCCUCGUUUCUGUUUACAUAAGAAUUUACAUUUUCAUUUCAAUAGUAAACUAGGGUUCUUCUA